AUGGUUGGCUUCUUUAGCUCUAACGCUAACACGGAUAUUUGGAUUGAAAAGAUGAAGCUGAUCUGGACACUGAUGAUUUGGUCCUGUGUCACAACACAAGUAUCGGUUGGAAAACCGGAUCCGAAUGCCAUACAGCUGGGAUCGACGUGUAUAAAUGGUUACGAGAAAGUUACAAACAGCACCAUGUGUGCCAGGGAUAGUUUGACUUACAUCAAAGGCAGCUCAGGUGUACGCCGCAAAGACAUCGCCAGAAUCCUUGAGUUACAUAAUUACCACAGGGCGCGAGUCGUUCCCACGGCAACAAACAUGAUGAAAAUGUACUGGGACGACGAACUUGCGAAAAUUGCUGAAAAAUGGGCCAAACAGUGCGUUGUUGGACACGAAAGCUCUCUGGAGAUGAGCAGAUAUAUACCGGCUUACGGAAUGUACCCUGGACAAAACGGAGCGUUCGGUUAUGCUAGCUGGGAUGGGGCUGUAGAAGGCUGGUACCAAGAGGUUAACAAGUAUAGGUACGGGCAAGACCCCGCCAAAUACUUGGGACCUGAAGGCUGGAGGGAAAUAGGCCACUAUACACAGGUGGGUACGUGGUCAUCGCUGUGCUUACAGAAAGAAAGUCUUCAACCAGUACAAGAUGUGAUGUACACAUUUGUACGUCACGCGUGA